GACGCUAAAAAGUAGCGUCAAUGAAAAGGCCGCUUUACUGAUUCACGGUGCAUACGCAUGCACACACGUGCGAAGUCAUAAACAUUGAGCGCGUAUUAGGAAUAUCGGGAGGAUGAAGAUUAAGAGAAUUAGGAAGCUGAAACGUAAGAAGAAGUUCAAUCCGAAUGUGAGUCGAAAGAGGCUGCGAAAUAAGUUGCGAAAACUGCCAAAUAUCUCGUGUAGUCAGAUAAAGGAAGCAUGGACGUGUACGAAGUCUACGCGAGUCAAUUUGAAGGAAAUGGGUUUGGCAUAUGAUUCAAAUGAAACGGUAAAAAUUCCUAACACGAAGCGUGAAAGGUUGGAGGAAGCCAGAAGAAUAGUUAAGGAAGAUGAGAGUUUGUCGGAUCAUGAUGCUGAAGAUGUAGCUCCAAUAAAAAAUCACGUGAUGGAGAAGUUGGAAGCUGAAGCGAAAGAACCUCGAGAGCGUUUUUUCAAGUUACCGAAAGGACAGGCACAAUUUUUAACUUAUUUGAUUAAAAGAUACGGCGAAGAUUACAAGGCAAUGUCAAAAGAUAAGAAGAAUCAUUAUCAAUUGACUUGGAAACAAAUACGAGCCAAAAUAAAAAUGUUUAAAGGCAUUCCAGAACAGUAUAAUGAAUAUAUUCAAAAUGACAGUGUAAAAUUAAUAUCAUAAUUUAUAUCGUAACUUAAAUAAAUGUAAGUUUUCUUUAU